AUGAAGGUCGCUGUCAUUGAGGCCGGUGCUCUCUAUCAGAUCGCGAACCCGCUUUUGUCGUCGACUCCAGCUGGAGAUGUUCUGUGGUCGGGCUCCAGCCCAUUAGAUCAGAACCUUCUCGUGGACUGGAACUUCAUUACCGCCCCUCAAGCCGGCGCGAAUGGUAGGCGAAUCAAGUACGCGCGAGGAAAGUGCCUGGGUGGAAGCUCGGCUCGAAACUUCAUGAUCUACCAGCGAGGCGAUCGCGGCUCGUACCAGCGCUGGGCAGACGAAGUCGGAGACGACUCGUACACUUUCGACAACCUGAUGCCGUAUUUCAAGAAGUCCAUCAAGUUUACACCACCCAACACCAAGCUUCGUGCAAGCAAUGGCUCGGCCGAAUACGUCGCGAGUGCCUUCGGUGCCAGCGGCGGGCCUCUCGAUGUCUCCUACGCGAACUACGCUGGACCUUUCUCAAGCUACAUGGAAGGAGGCAUGAACGGCAUUGGAAUCCAGACUAGGCCUGACUUCAACUCGGGAGAACUCAUGGGAGCUCAGUAUUGUAGCUCGACGAUCACGCCCGGCAACCAGAAGCGCGCGUCAAGCCAAACAACAUUUCUUGAGGCUGCGAAGAGUCGUCCUAACCUCAAGGUGUAUACUCUGACUCGCGCUGAGAAGAUCAUCUUCAAUAGCGAGAAGCGUGCCACUGGUGUCCAGUUACCGCUUGGAAUCGUCCUUACCGCAAAGCGUGAAGUGAUCCUUUCGGCCGGUGCUUUCCAGUCUCCUCAGCUGCUUAUGGUCUCUGGAGUUGGGCCUGCUGCACAGCUCAAGAAGUUCAACAUUCCCGUCCUUGCUGACCGCCGGGGUGUUGGUCAGAAUAUGCAAGAUCACAUUUUCUUCGGCCCAACCUACCGCUACAAAGUCCAGACGCUCACGAAACUCGCCAAUGACCUUCUUUAUGUCGGCGCUCAAUUUGCAUUCGAUUAUGGCCUGCUCAAGAAGGGUCCUCUUACCAACCCCGUCUGCGACUUUCUAGCCUGGGAAAAGGCUCCUCGCAACCUUAUCUCUUCAGAAGCUGCCGCAGCGCUGGACCAGUUCCCUGCAUCCUGGCCCGAGAUCGAAUACCUCUCUGCACCCGGCUAUAUUGGCGAUUUCUCCAAUCUCUUCGCAAGCCAGCCCAAGGACGGCUACCAAUACGCGUCCAUUCUCGGCGCUCUUGUUGCUCCCCUCUCCCGUGGCUCAGUGACCAUCACAAGCCCUAGCACAGCUCAGCUCCCUUCGAUCGACCCGGGCUGGUUGACCGACCCCACUGAUCAAGCCCUUGCAGUUGCCGCCUACAAGCGCAUGCGUCAAGCAUUUGCUACAGACGCCAUGAAGGCUGGUCUUGCGGAUACAAAAGAAUACUUCCCUGGACCUAAGGUUGAGACUGAGGAGCAAAUCCUUAACACCGUUCGCGAUACCUUGAUGACUGUGUGGCACGCUUCUUGCACGUGCAAGAUGGGAAAGAUUGACGACCCAGAUGCAGUCGUGGAUAGCAAGGCGAAGGUUAUUGGUGUGACCGGUUUGAGGGUUGUCGAUGCUAGUUCAUUCGCACUAUUGCCUCCCGGGCAUCCACAGAGUACGAUAUACGCGUUGGCAGAGAAGAUUGCCGACGACAUCAAGCGCAGCCGGUAG